CUUAGUUUGGUAUUUCAGGGCUUCCGUAGUCAUGUGCAGCUGCUGCACCACAACAAUAACAAGGAAGUGGCAGAAGUUAGCUUCUCCUCCUUCAGGUGUAUCCGCUUAAAGAUGAUGCAUUUAGCGCUCAGUGUGUUUUAUGUGUGCUGCUGUUGUUCACUUGGAGCACCGGGAGGCAUUCAGACAUUUGUAAUUCCUCACAGUCACAUGGAUGUGGGCUGGGUCUACACCAUUCAGGAGAGCAUGCACGCCUAUGCAGCCAAUGUGUACAGCAGUGUGACUGAGGAGCUGUCGAAAGAUGAAGGCCGCAGGUUCAUCGCCGUGGAGCAAGAGUUCUUCCGACUGUGGUGGGACACCGUGGCCUCAAACAGCCAAAAGAAACAGGUGCGGCAGCUCGUAAAAGAAGGAAGACUCGAGUUCAUCAUCGGGGGCCAGGUGAUGCACGAUGAGGCUGUGACCGAUCUAGAAGAUCAGAUUUUGCAAUUGACAGAGGGACACGGUUUCCUCUACGAGACGUUCGGAGUACGCCCUGAGUUCUCCUGGCACGUGGAUCCAUUCGGAGCCUCAGCCACCACGCCUGUCCUGUUUGCCCUGGCUGGGUUCAACGCCCACCUCAUCUCACGCAUCGACUACGACCUUAAAGAGGACAUGCAGAAAAAGAAGAAACUACAGUUUGUAUGGAGAGGUUCACCCUCUCUGAAAGAGAAGCAGCAAAUCUUCACUCACAUUAUGGACCAAUUCAGUUAUUGUACGCCAUCUCACCUGCCCUUCUCAAACAGCUCUGGUUUCUACUGGAACGGAGUUGCCUUGUUCCCCGACCCACCUAAAGACGGCGUCUAUCCCAACAUGAGUCUGCCCGUCACCAAGGAGACGGUAUACGCCUACGCACAGGUCAUGGUGGAGAACAUCAAGCAGAGGGCAGCUUGGUUUAAGACAAACCAAGUGCUCUGGCCAUGGGGAUGUGACAAACAGUUCUACAACUCGUCUGUACAGUUCAACAACAUGGAUCCUUUAAUGAAGUACAUCAACCAGAACAGCCAAGAGUUCGGAGUCACGGUCCAGUACGCCAGUCUGAGUGAAUACUUCCAAGCCAUCCACCAAUCGGAUCUCGUGUGGGAGCUACGGGGGAGUGAAGAUUUUCUACCGUAUUCCACUGAGUCGUACCAGGCAUGGACAGGAUUUUAUGCCUCCAGAAAUGUUUUGAAAGGAGUCGCAAGGCAAGCGAGUUCCCAGCUGCACGCAGCCGAGACUCUGUUCACCCGGUACCGGCUCACCUUCCCUGACGGACCUGUAGCUAAAGACUGGGCCCUGGACAAACUGAGAGCACUUCGCUGGGCUGUCUCUGAGGUGCAGCACCAUGAUGGAAUCACCGGCACCGAGUCUCCCAAGGUGGCAGACAUGUAUGUGCAGCACCUCGUGCAGGGCAUGAUGGGAGUGGAGGAACUUCUCGCUGCUCUUUUUCUGCUGCCGCACAACCUUGACAUGUCCAGCGUCCUCGGCAGCCGCUACCACAGAAAAGGCGUUCAUCAGACUCUGGAGCAACACGUCAUCGUCUACAACCCUUUAGCGUGGAACAUCACCACCAUCAUCAACGUCACAGUGACCUUCCAGAACGCAACCGUCUUUGAUGAUGAGGGGCAGCCUGUACCUGCACAGAUCCAGAGAUCAGCACAGUCCAAUGUGACCUUCGACCUCUUCAUGCUGGUGGAGCUCGGAGGCCUUCAGUAUAGAAAAUACCUGAUUAAGUUCUCUGACAGGCCGUGCGCUGGCAGGUCCAAGUGUGGCUGGACGUACGCAGCUAAAGGCGUCCGUUUCGAGAGACGCCGUGUCCGGGACUGGACGAGAACGGGGAGGAGGCUUCUGCCGAUUCUGAAUGAAUGUUACAAGCUCAUGUUUGACCAGGAUACAAAUCUACUGCACAGCAUCACUUAUCGUGACGAGAAAAGGAGAGUGAGGAUCACUCAGGAUUUCUGGGAGUACCUCGCAAACGGAGACAUUAAAGCAGGGCCCAUCUCCGAUAACUACAUCUUCAGCAGCAACGGUUCAGCCGUGCGCGCCUACCAGGCCGUGGAUAUGGAGAUUAUCCCCGGAAAGAUCGUGUCUGAGAUCAGGCAGUACUUCUACAGAGAGGAAAACGACGAGGACUACGCAUACUCAAUCACCACCCGUGUCCCAGAAUGCUUCGGGACGACGUUGCGGUGUCACAGGCUGGAGCAGACUUAUUCGCUGGGGUCCCUCGACCUAAACACUGAGGUUGUCCUCAGGACCAGCACUGACAUGGACAACAACAGGACCCUGUACACAGACGACAACGGCUACCAGAUGAUGAAGAGGCCGUACAGACAGUUCGUUAACAACACUUUAGCGAGAAACUACUUCCCCAUGGUUCGGACCGCCUUCAUCCAGGAUGACCUCAGCAGACUGGUUUUCAUCGGCGACAGGGCUCAUGGUGUUUCCAGCCAAGCCAGUGGACAACUAGAGGUCAUGCUCCAUAGACGUCUGUGGAACAACCAGCCCUGGAACCUCGGCUACAACCUGACCCUGAAUGACAGCUCAGUUGUGAGGCCCACCCUGUGGAUGAUGCUGGGCUCCAUCAGAGCCACUUCCAGGCUCUACCAGAGGGAGGCAGUAGAGCUGCAGCACAGACCUGUCAUCCUGCCCAUCGACCGACCUCAGAAGCCGUGGCCAGAAAAGGAGCCCAGAGGACGUUUUCCCGUGCGUUCAGUCGUUCUGCCUCCAAACCUCCACCUGCUCAGUCUCAGUAUCCCCGGGUGGAACUACAGCUCCGACCACGAUGUUCACCUCGGACACAUACACUCAGGUGAAGAUCUGCACUCUGAGCCGGACUACGAUCGCGUCCUGUUGAGAAUCAUGCAUCUGUUUGAGGAGGGAGAAGAUCCUGAGCUGUCAAAACCUGUCACCAUAAACUUGAAGGAAGUUCUGCAGAGCGUAGGGGAAGUCAACAUGCUGGAGGAGCGUUCUCUCACAGGAACCUGGAACGUCAGCAGUCUGCGGAGGUGGACGUGGAAAACUGUGGAUAACUUAGAAACAGGAAACAAAGGACGUGAGAGACGUGGAGAAGAAACUUUCACCGUCACCAUCUCACCCAAAGAGAUCCGGACGUUCUUCAUUCACUUUGGUUCCAAGAACUUUUAGUCAGAGCUGUCUUUCUUUCUUCUGUGAAGAUCUUUGGACACAACAGAGCUUUUUAAAACAUGUGAUUCUUUCCUUCAGUGUAAAUUAAAGCUCUUUUUGCACAU